AUGGCGAGCGAAGGCAAACAAGUUGUUCAGCCAACAGGUGAUGGAGGAGGAGGAGCAGGAGAAGAAGGAAAUACUGCUGGAGGGGGAAGCGUGCUGCAGCCUCUGAAUCCAGGAAUCCCCAUCCGAGGCAUCCGGAUGAAAUUUGCUGUGCUGACAAGACUGGUGGAAGACGGUGAAGUAUCCAACAGAGACAUAGUCGAGACUGUGUUUAAUCUGCUUGUUGGGGGCCGUUUUGACUUGGAAAUGAACUUUAUCAUCCAAGAAGGAGAGGGAAUUACGUGCAUGGUAGACCUGCUGGAUAAGUGUGACACCACCUGCCAGGCUGAGGUGUGGAGCAUGUUUACAGCCAUCCUGAAGAAGAGCAUACGCAAUCUGCAAGCAUGCGCAGAAGUGGGCCUGGUCGAGCAAGUGCUCAAGAGGAUUGAGAAAGCUGACAGCAUGAUUGCAGAUCUCCUAGUGGAUAUGCUGGGUGUAUUAGCAAGCUAUAACUUGACAGUUCGAGAGCUAAAAUUAUUCUUCAGCAAACUUCAAGGAGAAAAGGGGACAUGGCCACCACAUGCGGGGAAGCUGUUGUCUGUAUUAAAGCACAUGCCUCAGAAGUAUGGGCCUGAUGCCUUCUUCAAUUUUCCAGGAAAAAGUGCUGCAGGUAUUGCCUUACCUCCUAUAGCCAAGUGGCCCUACCAGAAUGGAUUCACUUUUCACACUUGGCUAAGAAUGGAUCCUGUAAAUAAUAUCAAUGUGGAUAAGGAUAAGCCCUACUUAUAUUGUUUUCGAACGAGCAAAGGACUUGGUUAUUCUGCACACUUUGUUGGGGGUUGCUUGGUUAUAACAUCCAUAAAAUCAAAGGGAAAAGGUUUCCAGCAUUGUGUAAAAUUUGAUUUCAAGCCACAAAAGUGGUAUAUGGUUACUAUAGCGCAUGUAUAUAAUCGCUGGAAGAAUAGUGAACUUCGAUGUUAUGUAAAUGGAGAACUGGCAUCUUAUGGAGAAAUAACGUGGUUUGUCAACACCAGUGAUACAUUUGACAAGUGUUUCCUGGGGUCUUCAGAAACAGCAGAUGCCAAUCGUGUGUUCUGUGGGCAGAUGACAUCUGUUUACCUUUUCAGUGAGGCGCUCAAUGCUGCUCAGAUCUUUGCCAUUUAUCAGCUUGGUCUGGGAUAUAAGGGAACAUUCAAAUUCAAGGCAGAAAGUGAUCUUUUCCUUGCUGAACAUCACAAACUGUUGCUGUAUGAUGGCAAGCUAUCCAGUGCUAUUGCUUUUAUGUACAACCCAAGGGCUACAGAUGCACAGCUCUGUCUAGAAUCAUCUCCUAAGGAUAAUGCUUCUAUUUUUGUUCAUUCACCACAUGCCCUCAUGCUGCAGGAUGUCAAGGCAGUCUUAACACAUUCUAUCCAAAGUGCUAUGCACUCCAUUGGAGGAGUGCAGGUGCUUUUCCCUCUGUUUGCACAGUUAGACUACAGGCAAUAUUCGUCGGACCAUAUUGACACAACUGUUUGUUCUACUUUGCUGGCUUUCAUCAUGGAGUUGUUAAAGAACUCCAUUGCUAUGCAAGAGCAGAUGCUUUCCUGUAAGGGCUUCCUUGUGAUAGGAUAUAGCCUAGAAAAGUCUUCCAAAGACCAUGUUACACGAGCUGUGCUAGAACUAUGCCUUGCCUUUUCGAAGUACCUGAGCAACUUGCACAAUGGGGUGCCCUUGCUGAAACAGCUGUGUGAUCAUGUUCUCCUUAACCCUGCAAUAUGGAUUCAUAUUCCAGCAAAGGUUCAGCUGAUCCUGUAUACCUACCUGUCUACAGAGUUCAUUGGCACUGUUAACAUAUACAAUGCAAUCCGUCGAGUUGGGACUGUUCUUCUGGUCAUGCAUACCCUAAAAUACUAUUACUGGGUAGUGAAUCCUCAGGAUCGCAGCGGUAUCACUCCUAAAGGUUUAGAUGGGCCACGACCUAAUCAAAAGGAGAUUUUAUCUCUGAGGGCUUUCUUAUUGAUGUUCAUUAAACAACUAGUGAUGAAGGACUAUGGAAUAAAGGAAGAUGAAUUGCAGGCUAUUCUGAAUUAUUUACUCACUAUCCAUGAG